CCACUCUUCGACUCAUAUUCCAUAUAAAAUCCAGGAGAUCCUUCAUCGAAAUUCGAGACUCAACACUGAGAUCCUUCUAAGCAAGACUCCCAUAAAUCAACUGGAUUUUGGAGCACCAAUAUAAGAGUAUUCCAGACCAAUAGGUCUCCAGUCAAUAUGGCAGCACGUACCAAACUCAUCUAUCAACACCACCAAGAAUUCCGCCAACACCUCAGCAAAGUCCUCUCCAUCUCACCAGUCUCAGCUCUCCCGCCAUCAGAUCAAUCUCUCCUGAAGAACGCCUCAGAAGAUGACUACGCACUAGUCACAGAUGAGACGAUAUUCUACGUCCAAGGUGGGGGUCAACCCUCAGACACCGGCUCAAUCAGCACUCCAGCCUCCUCAACCUCAUCAUCACCAGAUUCAGAAGCCCCAGCAAAAUCUACAUUCGAGGUCACCGCAGUCCGACACCCAGCAGCCGGCGGCGCAAUCCUCCACUUCGGACGCUUCAACCCCCUCACCAGCCACCCAACCCUCCAACCAGGCGACUCAAUCCAACAAACCAUCGACGGCCCCAAAAGAGACCACUACUCCCGCCUCCACACAGCAGGACACAUCCUCGGCCUCGCCAUCAACGCCCUAAUGCAAGACGGGACUCUCCCCUCAACGCUGAUCGAGUCCAAAGCAUCUCACUACCCGGAUUCAGCAGCCGUGGAGUUCGUCGGGCUGAUCGACUCCAAGCAUUUGCCUGCUAUUCAGGAGAAGACGGAUGAGUUUGUGGCGAGUAAGAGGAAGGUGUCGAUUCAUUGGUGGUCGAUGGAGAGGUUGAGGAGGGAGUGUCUGGGUGUGGGUGAGGAGUUUGAGUUGCCGGAGGGGGAGACGGAGGGGAGGGUGGUGGAGAUGGAGGGGUUGGGGGCGUAUCCUUGUGGGGGGACGCAUGUGGCGAGGUGUGAUUUGGUGGGGAAGGUGGAGGUUAGGAAGAUUGCGAGGAGUAAGGGGGUUAGUCGGGUGAGUUAUAGGGUUGCGUAGGGAGCGGAUGGCAGUUGCGUCUGCAAAUGGGCAAUUUGUAGAGCCGAAAUGGUGGCCUUGCUCCCUCGGACUGGCUAUUUGUUGUCACUUUUUUGUCUGAUGACACUAGACGCUGCAAAUCUGUUUAGAGAAUUUAUAGAAUGAUGGGGUAGACUAGAAAUGGGUAUUUAGAGAUGAAUUAUAUGGGAAAUUAGUCAAUUAGUAUAUCUCUCCAGGUUCUUGUCCAAGAUUAUCCAUGAAUAUGAC